UUGGAAUAUGCAUGCAAGCUGAGGAUCUUCAACAUCGUGCUGAAAAGGAAUAGUAAUCUUCCAAUUCUUUCAACUUCAAAUCUUUCAACUUCUUGUUCAGACCACUUUGAGUGUGUGAGACGUUUUUACUUAUGAAUGUGUCUCUUUCCAGGGUCCUCUCCAUUCUCUUGCUGACACUUGAGAAGAAUGGAACCUUGCUGACAGUGAAACUAAGUACUUGAGACGAAGCAACGGAUGAUGAUCUCUCUGUAGGCAGCAUCAACGACCCAUGCUCCUUUGAGAUUUCCGCCUCCUUUAUAUUCAUUCCAAAUGUAGCACGUUGCAGCUCAGGAUAUCGUUUUCUCUCAGAACUCCCUAUCCAUUAGAGUCUUAGUUGUUGAUCAUGUCUCAGUAUUGCUAUUGAUGAUAGCUACAGUUUUUGUUUUACUUUUAGAUCAUGAUCGAGUUGUUUUGAUUGUAGAUCCAAGUAGCUUUCGCAGGUGGUUUCUAGAUGUAAUAUCUGUAGGUAGGUAGGUAGGUAGGUAGGUAGUGUUUUUGUUCACCCCAGAGUUGUCAUUCUACUUCUAGAGUGCUUCAUACUAGCUACUGCUACUAUAUCACCAUCAUUGUCAUCGUCAUAUCAUCAAGAAUAUUCAGCAUUAACAGAAGAUGUCUUCAGACUCCAACGUACCUUCCUCCAACCCUGGCAGUGGGGGUGGAGCCACCGGAGGAGGCAGCUCUUCUUCUUCCUCAGCCAAUAAUAAGCAGGAGUUUUCAGUCGCUGAGUUUGCCAAUAAUGCGGCUGCGGCGCAGCGUAAAGCCAAGCAAAUGGGAGCGCAGAUGGAGGAGACGUUUUUCCAGGGAGGCGGAGGUGACGACAUGGACCUCAAAGAAAGGGAAAUCAAGGUCGCCUGGGACAGCAAAGUGCAGGAACAACGAGAGGGCGUGACGAAAGACGUUUUCGGAAGAAGAGCGUGGGAUAAGUUAUGGAACCUCAUGAUCCUUUCAAUCGUCCUUAUAAAGACUUGUAGAAAUUCUUUAUAUUGAAAACACCUGUAAAAGUUGUAAAAGUAGACUGUCAUGAUCAUCAUUAUUGAUAACACCUGUACCAUUUCUCAUCUUCAGCCGGCCUCAAUCCAAAACUCUUCAUCAAGAUUUCUUAGUGUUUCUUCAUCUACUACGAAGUAUGUAGAUUGCUCUAUAAUUUCAACACAGCAUCUGCAUCCUCGUUAUCUUAUAACGGAAACGUAUCUCUAGUACUAGAAGCUUGUUCAGCAUCUAAUUUAAACGAGGAUUAAAUCUCGUCAUCGUCACGUACUAAGCUUCUCUAGGAGCUUGUUAUUCCACAUCUAAUAAAGGAGCAUUAUGAGCAGUUGGCUUUGAAGAAAGCCGAGGAAGGAUCGGAUGGUUCUGAUGGUGAGGGGAACGCGGUCCCGAUUCCUGCUAGUCAGAGAUUGUACCUGCAGAGGCGCAAUGAGCGCUUCCACACGGAAGCAAAUGUGGGCAAGACUAUCAUGCAAACAGAUGCCACCUCGAGGAACGUAUGAGACUAUCUCAGCUGAAGAGAAAAGGAAAAAGAAACUAUUUUGCUCCGAGCACAAUGUUUUUGCAAAUGCACUUGUUGUAGUCGCUAGUAUAACCACUGAUAGAUAGAUUGGAGUGAUCAGAACAUAUAAUCAACGAGAUGGUACGAGUACACAUAUCAACGAGAUGGUACGAGUACACGAGAUCAAAAUAUCACGAUCCGAAAAAGAAUCUUCUUUGAUCAUCGACGAUCUAAGCAUAUCUUCAUCAACUAUCUAAAAAACACACGGAGGUCAAGGCAGGGUGAGAUCGAAGCAGAGGUCCAGUUAUAGCAAAGAAAAGAUCCCAGAGCUUCACAUGAUCAAUAUCCACAUGGUUUGAUGUUGGUACACCCAACAAGAUCACCAUCACCAAGAACAAGAGGUUGUUGACCCUGUGUUACUUGAUCGAAAUCCACCUCCAUUCAUGAUGCUCCAAAUGGAAUCAUAGAAAUAAGAUCCGCGAAUGACAAGGAUGGGAUCGUGAACUACAGAGCUUGUGCUGAUAGUGUACUUAUCUAAUAUUUGAAUUCGUAUUUUGUCGCAAAAUUAUUAAUUACUUUGUUAUGCUUUUCCUUCAUGAUUGAAGGAUUCACCCGUUACGACUAGAAUUUGAAGAAGAUCUAUACAUUAAUAACAUAGAUUCAUCGUUCUUGAAAAUCAUUUCUCAGUGUGAAUGAUUGAAGUAGAUUGGUUUUAUGUUGUUAUAACCGUUGCACACAGAUAAGGUAUCUUAUGGGAGUUUUUCUCCUCGCGACGACGUUUCAUCAUCGACUUGUUGUAAAUCCUUACCCUCUCACUUGAUAGUUUAGACUUGAGCUUAUUUUCGUGCUGACUUUGUUUGUGUCUCUUUUUCGCCCUAGUAUUUUCAAGUACUUAUAUUGAUUUGAUGUAUAGGACAUCAACAUCCCUGUAUCAACAUCAACAUUUUGACUAAGUCACCACCUACAACGAGAAAAUGAUGGACGACAUGAGUGUCUAUGACGAGGACACGAAUGGUGUGGAUUCACCGAUGGAGGUUGAAUAUGUUGGCGACGACACACCUCCUGGUACUUUGUCAAACAGGUCGUGUGAGGUCGACGUCGUAGCAGACUGUUCACCUGCAGUCCAGUGUGGAUGGCACUCUGACGCACUUGGUAGUGCCAUGGUCUACGCAAAAAGCGUUCAAGUAGCGGCGAAGGUAACGGGGAGUUUGUUUUACUGGAAUCCAACGGUGAACAAUUUUUCUAACGCUACUUCUGGAGGUGUUAGUGGUCGCGAUGCUGGGAGUGCAGUGGGUACUGACGGUAUAGUAGGUGGCGGAGCUGGAGCUACUGCUGCUGUUAGUGGACGAGGUGAGCUGUCGUGUCCAGGACAUAAUUUCCUAGACAUCACAGUCGAUCCGUUACCACGUUAUCCGCAAAAUACGCAUAUUGGUAGCACUAGUGCAAUGCUGGGAGACCCGGAGGUACUGCAAGGCUCGUCCACGUCUCUCUACGUUAACAACGGUUUAUCAGUAAAAAACAAGACAUCCAGUACUAGUAAGUUGCGUAAAGUGCUUACCUCAGACGACGAAAUAGCUGCCAGAAGCUGCAGUGACGGCGUGCUAUCGCCGACGACAACGGCUAAGUCGCCUACGGAGGGUUACGGCGAUGACGACAGCGACUCCGAAGGAAACACAAACACUUACCUCGUAGCGGAUGGAGAACAGUCUUCUAAAAAACGAGUUCGAAAUGCAGGCGAAUUUUCGUGGGAUUCUGACCGCAUAGGCCAGUUUCUACUGAAUAGCGGCGUUGGAUUAGAGGCUCCGGAAGGGCACGAAACCGAAGCUGGUCAUGCCCACUUAGCAGACCAACUAGCAAGACUUUUCCGUUGCGGUCCGUAUAGUAGUGACCCAGGUGUAGCGCCAGUUAUUUCUUGUAGCAAUACUGGAGAGCAAAAUGAUCCAUUUGUAGCGCCUCAUGAACAACCAGUUAGCGGAAGCGUUCUGCGCAUGGCAGUAGUAGAAAAAAAUAGGGUUUGGUGGAGAUUUCACGUAUCAGUUGUGGUUAUCAAUUACGCAGCUGAAGAUUACGGUCUAGUCGCAGAAUUAGCUUCUUAUGCAGUCUUGCGUGCACUGCUGAAUGUAGAACUGCCAAGUCUGAAGAAAGACGCGAAAGGUACCUUCUGCUACUUUUUUAUGAUUUCUAGGGGUGGAGUGUUGAAAUGUAUCUGCUGCUACUUGUGCUACAACGAGUUCGAAAUAAACGAUUUCUCUUUGCGAUCAACAACAUCUAGACGAGCGUUGUCACCAUUAAAUUUUCAAUUUCAACGUCAACAACAGCAUCCACAUUCUUAAGCAAAAAAACUCCCCUCCCACCACAGCCGGCGAUUGGUUUGCGCUUGUCGGCGACGCGGUUGAGUCUAGUUCCAGUCGUGACUCAGUCAUGGAGAGUCGCCGCUUAGAAUUAGCAGCCUUCCCGUUUUACACUAGCACUGACACUCCAGAGGGACGCUUGAACCUUGGUUUUUUAGCGCAUCCUAACAUCACAACAAUGGCUGACGCAGACCACGACGACGAAAAGACUAAGCAACUGGGGAGUACGAGAUCGUUUGCGACCAGCGACGUAGUUAGCAGGUCAUCCGGUUGGAAAUCCGCGAAGAGACGAGAGGCAGCAAAAGCAGAGUUGCGAGCUCGGGUCAUGGAGAGCUAUGGCAAUAGCGUGGUCGAAAUGUUCAGGGGACGAUGAAAUUCACAGUCUUCAUGAAGAUGAGUGUUUCUCCGAUGGAUACAGGACGGGGGUCUUCAGAAAUAGUACAACAACCACGUGCUACUAUUUCGUUUUCGAACCUUGUUGUCUCACAGCUCUUGGUGUAAUUUGCCCUUGUGGAAGAUGAUUUUUUCUAUCAUACAGUGUUGCACUCGUAUGAAGAUGUCUUCAGACAGUGUCAAUUAUUGAAACAAUCAAAAUUUAACCUCCUAUGAUAUGAUGUAUCAGAUUUAGCCAUCCUUUCGGCAAUGAAUUGUGCCCUUCAACGAAGACUGUUUUUUCGUGCUCACGACUAUAGUAACUACACUGAGAACGACAAGAGGAGGUGUGUCCAAACGAUUCAUCUUAGAAAAACAGUUCAAAAAAACAAAAAACGCGAAAUAAAAAAAGACGUAGAACGGCCCUUCCUUACAAUUUCAUCGAUGAGGAGGAGCUUUUAUUGUCGUGAAGACUGCAUUGAAUG